ACCUUUGACCUCCUUGGGCAGAUGGAAGCUGACAGCUGACGGAGACUCAGUCGCUCUCACUGUCUCAGCUCUCUGUCUGCGACCGUGCGGAGGACAACAUGGACGACACCAGCAACCUCUUUCCCCCCAGUCUGGCGGCUGCAGUGAGGAAGCUUGAUCCAGAUGACAGCGAGCAGAUCCUGGAGUAUUUCAAAACUCACGCCCUGCUGUCUCGAGAGAAAGCGCUCCUGCAGGCAUCGGUGCGAGAGCAGAAGAAGCUGCUGGUGGAAAACGGCAAACUGAAGAAGGACAUCGAGCAGCUGAAAGUUCAGCUGCAGGACAAAAAGGGGAGACGCACAGCCAAGGCCUUGCUCUCGCCGGCUCCGCCUCCUCCAACUGUUAAUACCGCCCCCGCAACACCUGUCAAUCAACUGUCUCCCGCUGCCGGGGCAACAGCUGCCGCUCGUGCACCUCACUCGUCCACCUCACAAGGCCGGAGGAGGCGAGGAGAGAGGAAAGCUGGUCCCACCACUGUAGCGCUCUCCCUGGGGGCGGAGCCUCGCAUCGACGUGUCCCGCCUCGACCUGAGGGUGGGGCGGAUCCUCGGCGUCCGGCGCCACCCGCUGGUCGAGUCCAUGUCCGUCCAGGAAGUGGAUGUGGGCGAGAACGCGCCCCGCAUGGUCGUGAGCAAGCUGAGCGAGAAAACGCAACUGGAGGAGGGUGGUUUUGCAGUACUCCUGUGUAACGUGAAGGCGUGUAAGCUAAAGGGCGUGGUCUCCCAGGCUCGCAUCCUCUGUUGCUCCACCUCCGAUGACUGCAUAGAACUACUGGCCCCACCCACAGGCUCUGCACCUGGCGACAGAGUCACCUUCCUCAACCACCCUGGUGAGCCGGACAGGGAGCUGCAGUCCAAACAGCGGGUCUGGGAGCGUGUGCAGCCCGACCUGCAGGUGGACUGCAGGGGCGUGGCCAACUAUAAAGGCUGCGGGUUUGAGGUGAAGGGAAAGGGGCUGUGCAGGGCCCCCACCCUCGUCAACUGCACCAUCAAAUAGACGCAGUGACGCGACAUUCUUUUGUCGUAUCAGCUGGCGUUAGCUCUGUGCGGCAGAUAGGCUAACACGGUUAGCUAACAGAAGAUAGAAAAUAUUGCGUCACUGUUUUGUUGAUUAAAACAAAAAAACAAUU